UUUCAUCCAUGAUGGCCGGGCUUGAUUUUACGUAAUGGACGAAAGUCGAUACAACUAUACGAUGCACAACGUUCUAAAUUCCGCACAAUGACUAAGAAUAAUGCCUACUAUACUAAGGAAAAGGAACUACUAUAUAUCCUUUUAUUACGAAAUCCCGGAAGAAUUUUGAUAUUUCUGAAUACGGAACUGAAUACGUAUAUUUCCUUAUAUUGCAUGAUUUAUAAAAAUUAUAAAUAUAAAAAUCCGAGUGAUUUAAGAAAGUUAUGGAGAUAGAAGUAGAAAAGUCAGAAAUAAAUAAUACAAAGAAUCAAAUUUUUAUUACUAAUUUUGAUUAUUUAAAAUCCUCUUAUGGAAUAUGUAAAGUAUUGCAAUUGAUAUUAAAUAUCAUAUGCCUUAUUUUAUUGAGUUACCAAGGCACGACACACAGGUUUUCAUAUCAUUUCCAUACAGUGGGAAGAUAUAAAGCUGGAAAAUAUUAUUCCAAUUUUUACUAUGAAGAUUUAAGCGAAGAUUUUUUUCUUACAAUGAUAUCAUUCUCUCUACUUUUUAUCACAAUACUCAUUUAUGUAUCUUGUAUUAUAUCACUCGAAACUUCCAUCACUCUUCCGAGAACAGUUUUCUAUUUUGCAUAUCACAUAUUUGGAUUUUUGUUUUAUUUUAUCGGCGGUCUUAUUGUUCUUAUACAAGAAACUACAUUUAAUAAGAGAAGUUCAAUUAUUGUUGCUGCUGUAAUUGCUUUUAUCAACUCUUUCCUUUAUGGAUACAAUGUUAUUUUGGCUUAUAAAUCGAAAUACGGAUGGAUCAACAUAUUUAGCAAGAAUCCGUUGCCAAACUGAAUAUUAUUUUUAUCACUACUUUAACAAAGUUCUGAAGAUUAUGUAUUUUAGUAUUAACUUUCUUAAUAAAACUGGCUAUCGAAAUUUUCUUAAAUAUAUCAAGUGUU